CCAGUUUUGCAGGUAUUGAGUGACCAGCAAGGUUUCCAUCUCCUGAGGAAGGGUAGCCUGGGAGAAAGAGGACACAGAAGCCCUUUCCCACAGUACCUCUGGGUUCUCUGUGGGGGCAGCCAAAGGAAAGGUGCAAUAAGGGAAAACUGUGCUUAUGGAACCAUACCUGGGCAAAAAAAGAGACUUCACUAUCUGUGCCAGGGAGAUGGGACCACCGUCUGUUGGCAGCUAUGAAGUUGAGAGGUGGCUGUUCACCAGAGAUGAAUACACAGGGUUUCCAGUCAACUUUCAGCAUUUUGGUGCAUGAUACCCAAGCCCUAGCCAGUGGAAAAAGUGAGCAAUUAUCUGCUGAAGAAAUGUCCAUAGUGAUUCUCUGAGACUGAGGAGAGAUGUCUUACCAGCAGCAGCAGUGCAAGCAGCCCUGCCAGCCACCUCCUGUGUGCCCCACGCCAAAGUGCCCAGAGCCAUGUCCACCCCCGAAGUGCCCUGAGCCUUACCUGCCUCCUCCUUGUCCACCUGAGCAUUGCCCACCUCCACCAUGCCAGGAUAAAUGCCCUCCUGUGCAACCAUACCCACCCUGCCAGCAGAAGUAUCCACCCAACAGCAAGUAACAUCACUGGAAUUCAUCAGGACCAUGAAACAACAAGAUCCAGUGGCUCUUCUUACUCCCAGGACUCCAUCAUCUUCCCUUCAGCUGUAGUGGGAGGCUGCAUCUUCCCUAACCUCUGUCUGGCUUGAGCGUUGACAGAGAAAAGGCUUAGUUCUGAAAACCGAUAUGUUGUUGGAAGAUGAGCAGCCGGAUCAUCGCCUAAUCUCGCUUUGCUGUCUGUGAUGUAGAUGGUGGUUCCUAUCCUGAGAGCAAGUGUGUUUAUUUUUUUGCUUCUCCCCAAUAAAGCACAUGUUUCAUGGUCAAGCCCA